UAUUAAUUUCACCCAUUUCCGAGCUUCAUAUUCAAUCAAGAAGAAAUAAAUCCCCCGUUUUCCUUGUCAAUCAACUUUCAGAUCUGAACUUCAGAGCGAAUCAAUGGCAGCAGCCCUGGAAGAUGUAAAGCUCGUCGGGUUCUGGGCGAGCCCCUUCGUUGUGAGAGUAAGGAUAGCCCUAAAUCUGAAGGGCAUCGAGUACGAUUUUCUCCAAGAAGAGCCGACCGCCGGCCAAAAGAGCGAGCUUCUCCUUAAAUCCAACCCUGUUUAUAAGAAGUUCCCCGUCCUGAUCCAUGGCGGCAGGCCCAUCUGCGAGUCCCUUCUCAUCGUUCAAUACAUCGAUGAGGCGUGGCCCUCUGCCUGCGCGCCCAUCCUUCCUGCCGAUUCCUAUGGCAGCGGCGUCAUUUUGAUUGGAUGGUACUUCAAGAGUGGUCUCACUGAUCUUGAUACCCCUUUCACACUUAUUUUAGAGGGGGAGCUGCUCCUGCUCCACCCUACCAACUGCUUCAAAGUAGUAGAUCCUGGACUGAUCCAAAGUUUCCCGAAUUGUAAUGAUUUCUCUGUCUCUAGGAAACUUCACGAAAAUAUGCUGCCGACUCAGGGUCCGCUACUCCUAGACAACGCAAACGAGGAGAGCAAGGCAGAAGCGAAGGAGAAGGUGUUCGCCGCGCUUCAGCAGCUGGAAAUGGUUUUCUUGGAUUGCAGCGAAGGGAAGAGCUUCUUCGGCGGCGAUAGCAUUGGCUAUAUCGACAUAGUACUCGGUUCCUUACUUGGUUGGCUCAAAGCCAGCCAAACAAUGGCGGGCAUAAACUUUCUGGAUGAAACGAAGACUCCUCGGCUGGUUGAGUGGGCGGAGCGCUUCUGUUCUGCGGCGGCUGUUAAGGAGGUGCUGCCGGAAGCUGAAAAAUUGGUGGAGUUCAGGAAAUCUGUUAAGGCUGCUGGGCGUGUUAGUGCCGGCGCCUGAGUUUAAUUUGAUGUUUGGAUGCUGGGUGAUUUCUAGUACACACAUACAGAUAUAUUUGGUGAAGUGGAAAGAGUUCUUAUGCUGAAAGAUUUCCAUAGAUAUCACUUGGUCUGUAUGCAUUUACAUCUCUAACACCUAAAAAUCAAUUUUGUGCUUAUCAUU